AUGAUGAAGUUUGGAAGCAAAAAUUCCGCCAACACACCGAUCAAGUGUACCAUCCGCCUGUUGGACGACAAUCAGUUGUUGUACAGUGAAUUUCAGAUAAAUGAAAAGGGGAGUAGUUUGAUAAGUCGUAUUUGUGAACAAUUGGAUUUAAUUGAAAAAGAUUAUUUUGGUCUCCGUUAUGUUGAUAGCAAACGUCAAAGGCAUUGGCUAGAACCAUCUAAAUCAAUUUUUAAACAAAUCAGAGAUAUGGAAGCAGACAAUAUAUUAUUUAGCUUCCGCGUUAAAUUUUAUCCACCAAAUCCAUUUCGUUUAAAAGAAGAUAUUACUCGUUAUCAAAUUUAUCUUCAGUUAAAAAGGGAUUUAUUACAUGGUCGACUUUACUGUAAUACAUCUGAAGCUGCUCUGCUAGGAGCUUAUAUACUACAAGCUGAACUUGGAGAUUUCAAUCCAGAAGAACAUAUUGAUAAUUAUGUAAAUGAAUUAAAAAUACUAUUAAAACAAACAUUACAGUUAGAGGAAAAAAUAAUGGAUAUUCAUAAAAAUGAAUUGAAAGGAAAAACUGCCGCUGAAAUGGAAACAAUUUUUUUGAAAAAAGCAUGUGUCUUAGAUACAUAUGGAGUUGAUCCUCAUGCUGUCAAGGAUCAAAGAGGUAAUCAACUUUAUUUGGGAAUUAAUCAUACUGGCAUACUUACAUUCCAAGGUAGUAAGAAAAUGAACCACUUCAGCUGGUCGCAAGUUCAAAAAAUUAACUUUGAGGGUAAAAUGUUCAUCAUUCAUAUCAUUCUUAAUGAGAAAAAGCAAACUAUUGGUUUUAAAUGUCCUAGAGGUUCUUCAUGUCGUCAUGUAUGGAAAUGUGCUGUUGAACAAAUGUUGUUUUUCACAUUUCCUUCAAGCUCUGAUGUUCCUAACGUAGUUUCUGGUGGAGGCUUUUUUUCGUGGGGUACUAAAUUUAAGUAUAGUGGACGUGUUGAACGGGAAAUAUUAGAAGAUAUGACAAUUACCAGAGAAUCUCCAUCUGUUACCCGUGUUGGUAGUCUUAGAAGAAAAUCAUCAAGUGAACCGCCUACUCCUUCUAAUCUUGUUAUUAAUCAAGUCGCAGGAUUUAAUAGCCUUCCACGUUCAUUAACAAACACUAGUGAGGAAUAUAAUACUUCAAUAGAUUCAUCCAAUCAAAUUGAUAAUUCUUCAGUUUUAGAGACUUUAUUAGAAGACCAGGAGAUCAUGACAUCUAAAAUUGAACAAGAGGUCCAUCAUGAAGAAAUCUUGAAUGAUCAUUUACUGAUUGACUUUACUACAAUGGGAACAGACGGUUCACCAUUAAUCCAAUCUAUUUCAAAUCAGCAGUCUGGUCAAAAACAUUUAGAGACUACAGCAAUUCGAAACAGUGAAUCAAGCUUGUCAUUCUUGCGACAGACUUUGCUACCAGUUAUAUUUGCAUUGUUUAUGAUGGUUUUGAUUGUAGUCAUUAUUCUAGAAUCUGAUUUUGAUGUAAUUGCUACCAUCAGAAAAGCUCCAGAAAUUGCUGCAUUCAAGAAAAAUUAUUAUGAACCUAGUAAAGACUUUUUACUUCGGCGUUUUAUCAGGUCAAAGAUAUUUUAG